AUGAUACAAAUGUGUUAUAAUUUUAAAGAUUAUUACAUUGAAAAUCAUCAUAAUACUAAUAUUUUGAUAGCUUUAUUCACCACUUCAAGUGCAAGAUUAAGAUUAUAUGAGAUGUUAGAUAAAUUAGAUAGAGCUGUAGUUUGUUAUGAUACCGACUCUAUUUUCUAUAUAGAUAAUGGUAUUAAUAAAGUUAAAACAGGAACAAUGUUGGGCGAAUGGACUGAUGAAUUAGGUGAAAAUGUACAUAUAACAGAUUGGGCAUCUACAGGUCCUAAAAGUUAUUAUUAUAAAACAAAUGAUAAUACAUUUAAAACGGUUAUAAAGGGUUUUACUUUAAAUUAUCAAAAUUUAUUAAAACUUAAUGGGGAAGCAAUGAUAAAAUUAAUUGAAGAAAAUAAUAAAAAUAUUAAUAUAGAAUUAGAAUACAAACAAAUAACACGUGAUACAAUUACUAAAACUUUAGUUAUUAAAAAUGUUACAAAAAAAUUCUCAUUUGAUUAUGAUAAAAGAAUAAUAUUACCAGAUUAUGAUACAAUACCAUAUGGUUACAAAUUAUAA